AUGAAAUGCCACAUACCGGGAUCUAACGUUAAAGUUUUAGGAAGAACUGUUCACGCUCUAGCAAGAUUUGGAGAUGAACUUUACCUAGAAUCUCUUCCAGACUGUAUACUUUUAAGAACUUUAAAUGCGGCCGAGUCCGCAUAUGCUAUGGUAAAAUUCAAUAAAAGUUUCUUUUCUUACUUCAAUUAUAACUAUUUUUCUACUGAGGAUAACGAAGGUUUGAAAUGCAAAAUAUCCAUGAAGUCGGCACUUAAUACUUUUAAGUCUCCUAUGCAUAUGGACAAACAAGUAGAAAACUUAGAAAUCAAACUUGAUCCUGAAGCCUGUAAGUUAAUAUUCCAAUUAAAAUGCCGACACGGUAUUGUCAAGACACAUUUUAUAUCUAUAUUGGACUGUAAAGCAAUGCAAGCUGUUUACACUAAGGACACUGUGCCAAACAGAAUAACAUCACCACAGAGAAUCUUAGCUGAGGCUCUUAAUAAUUUUCAAAGCUCAGAUGACCAAGUAACACUAGAAGCAAGUCCUAACUCCCUCAUCCUACGCAACUACAUUGACUGUAGCAUGGAUCUUACCAAGAUUAUAAGGACACAGAUCACCCUAAAGCCAGCAGAAUUUGAUAGCUACACUAUUGGAACAGAAACUAUAAUUACCUUCUCUCUAAAAGAAUUCAGAGCCUUAUUAGCUUUUGCAGAAGCCCUAAACUUACCUCUGCAAGUACAUUUUGAGACGACUGGAAGACCUGCAGUUUUCAUUGUUCAUAACGGAACUACUUUCGAAGCACAUUUUGUAUUGGCAACAACCAAGCCAGAUAGUGCAACGCAAGCAACAUCAACCCAGAAUACAACUAUGGAAAGAAAUAAAAGAAAAGAUGCUUCCAGUACUGGAGGUUCUGCUAAAAAGAAACCUCAUUUAGAUGUAGAUAUUUCUAAGUGUUUAGAUGAAGAUUCACAUUUGUUUAAUUUUAUAGAUAUGCCUGAAGAUAUUGUUAUGAAUGAUGAAUUAAUUAGUAGUGUUAAUAAAUCUAUUGUUAACGGUAAGGAUAGGGGUAAAGUAGAUUUGAUGGAUUGUGAUAAUAUACCAGGGUCGCCUACAUCAAAAACAACCAUUAAAUCUGUGUUUAAAAGGUGCUUUGAAAGUACAUUUGAUCCAAGAAGUUUAGUGGGUUCAGUGUUAGCAGAGAAUUCAGAUAGUGACUGA